UUUUCCCUCCUCCCUCCCUCCAUGGCUCUUCCUCUGUUUCUUCUUCUUGUUCUUCACCUUCAUUUCUCCAUGGCAGCGCCGCCACCCCAUUUCCAUCCCCUCGACCCUCUGAACCCGGCGGAGCUCGACCAAAUAAGGCUCAUUAUCCAAAAAUCCCACCUGGGAAACCUUCAAAAUCUCACAUUUCACUUCGUUGACUUGGAGGAACCAGAGAAGAAACAUGUUCUUUCCUGGCUCUCUUCCGGUGAACAAAACAGCCACACCCACCUCCACCCCCCGCCGCGUCAAGCCAAGGUUGUGGUUCGUGCGGCGGAUUCCACCCACGAGCUAGUUGUAGACCUUGCCACACGGUCGAUCAAAUCUGACCAUGUCUAUAACGGCCAUGGAUAUCCUCCUUUCACUUUUCUCGAGCUCUUCCAAGCUAGUAAAUUACCUCUCAAUUACCCAAAAUUCAAAGCUUCCAUUCAAAGAAGAGGCUUGAAUUUGUCUCAUGUUUCUUGCAUCCCAUUUACAGUCGGCUGGUAUGGCGAGAAAACGACCAAAAGGGUUCUAAAAGCUGCGUGCUUUUACAGAGAAGGAACCAGCAAUGUCUUCUCCCGGCCAAUUGAAGGCAUAAUUACACUAAUCGACGUCGAUUCGAUGAAAAUCAUCGACUAUUCCGACAGAUUCACCGCCCCUUUACUGGAAUCAGAAGGCACCGAUUACCAAUCAAAGAAAACAGAGCACAAAUCCACCAAUCUCAACGCGACAAAAUCCCAUUUCACCGUCGAAGGCCAUCGAGUAAAAUGGGAAAAUUGGGUCUUCCACGUGGGGUUCAACGCCAGAGCCGGCGUUAUCAUCUCGACAGCCUCCAUUUUCGACGACGAGAAGAAGAAAUUCCGACGAGUGCUUUACAGAGGACAUAUUUCAGAGACGUUUGUGCCGUAUAUGGAUCCAACAAAUGAAUGGUACUUCAGAACCUUCAUGGAUAUCGGAGAGUUUGGAUUUGGGCGGUCGGCGGACACUUUGCAGCCACUGAUUGACUGCCCGGAAUCCGCCGAGUAUCUCGACGGGUACAUGGCCGGCGCCGACGGUAGAGCACAGAAGGUAACCAGAGCAAUCUGUAUCUUCGAACGCCAAUCAGGGGACGUUUUAUGGAGACAUACAGAGAUCAAUAUUCCUGGAAAAGUGAUUAGACGAGGGGAGGCGGAGAGGAGCUUGGUGGUUCGAAUGGUGGCAAAUGUUGGAAACUAUGACUAUGUUCUUGACUGGGAAUUCAAAAGGAGUGGCUCUAUUAAAAUUGGGAUAGCUUUAACGGGGCUUUUGGAGGUGAAGGCCACACCGUACAGAAACAAGGUAGAUAUAACGGAAGAAACAUACGGAACUCUGAUCGCCGCCAACACGGUGGCCGUCAACCACGACCACUUCCUAACCUACUACCUUGACCUCGACGUUGACGGCACCGACAAUUCCUUCGUCAAAGCCAAGUUGACUACGCAAACGCCGACAACGAAGGUCAACGCCACGUCACCCCGGAAAAGUUACUGGAAAAUUAACAGAGAGACCAUCAAAACCGAAGCUGAAGCCAAGCUUCAGCUGAGCUCCGUCCCAGCCGAGCUCUUGUUUGUAAACCCCAAUAAGAAGACGAAGAUUGGGAAUCCGGUUGGCUACCGGCUCAUCACCGGACAACCGGUUAAUUCCUUACUGGCCGACGAUGACUACCCUCAAAUCAGAGCGGCUUACACCAAGUACCCGUUAUGGGUGACUCCUUAUAACAAGUCGGAGAGAUGGCCGGUCGGGUUUUACGCCGAUCGGAGCCGUGGUGAUGAUGGCUUAGCUGUUUGGGCCAAAAGAAAUAGGAGAAUCGAGAAUAGAGAUAUUGUUGUGUGGUACACGGUGGGGUUCCAUCACAGCCCUUGCCAAGAGGAGUUUCCGGCGAUGACGGCUCUCCAUGGCGGUUUCGAGCUCCGACCAGCUAAUUACUUUGAUAGAAAUCCUUUGCUUAAAUAAUAAAAUUCAAAAUUGUGUUAUUUUAUAGAUAAUUGAAUUAACAUAUGAAGCUCUAUUUAAAAA